AUGUCCUUCGAUUCGCUCGAGCUGCAAAGACUAAUUUAUGCCGUUGAAAGAGACAACCAAAACGAUGUUCGCCUCAUUCUGCAGAGAGAUCCAAAUCUAGUAAACGCAGUGCCUUCAAAUGGCUCACCGGCCUUACACCUGGCUGCCACGCUUGGAUAUACAGAGAUGGUAAUGUUGCUGCUUGCUGAAGGUGCCGACACCCGUCUCCGAACUGCAAAGCACGGAUUUCUGCCCGUCCACUUAGCACUCUUUUUCGAACACGAGGAUACAGCCGACAUUCUUGUGGACCGGGACAGCGAAAAUAACCUUGGCUCUUGGAGCUCAGGUCAUACGCCCUUACAUCUGGCUGCAGAGAAAGGUUACCUGGGAAUAAUGAAAAAGCUAUUGACUGCAGGGGCUGACAUCCGUGUCCAAUGUGAAAAUGGCGACACGCCACUCCACAGCGCUCUUACAGGAAGAAAAGAGGAAACAGCAGAAUUUCUGUGUGAGUUAGACAGCAAAAAUGAGAUUACGAAUGAGUUUGGGGAGACUCCCUUGCACCUUGCUGCAGGGAGCGGAAUGGUUAGAAUAACGCGAUUGUUGCUGGCUGCAGGGGCUGAUUUCCGAGCCCGAUGUAGAUUAGGUUACACGCCCCUUCACUGCGCCCUUUUGAGAAGAAUGAGGAACACGGCAGAAGUCCUUGCCGAUUUGGACACGGGAAAUGACCUUCCAGAUAACGAUGAAGAGGUCAUCUAUUCUCUGAAUUCACGAAAACGUGAAUUAAAAAUACGCAAAUAUCAAAUGUAUUCUUCUAUUCAUCCACAUAGAAAAGAUGAAUACGAAAAAUACUCAUUAUUGAUUGCUUUCAUGAAGCGAGACAUGGUCACUGUAGAAAAGAGAUCCAAAUCUAGUAAACGCAGUGCCUUCAAAUGGCUCACGGCCUUACACCUGGCUGCUACGCUUGGAUACACAGAGAUGGUAAUGUUGCUGCUUGCUGAAGGUGCCGACACCCGUCUGCGAACUGCAAACCACGGAUUUCUGCCCGUCCACUUAGCACUCUUUUUCGAACACGAGGAUACAGCCGACAUUCUUGUGGACCGGGACAGCGAAAAUAACCUUGGCUCUUGGAGUUCAGGUCAUACUCCCUUACAUCUGGCUGCAGAGAAAGGUUACCUGGGAAUAAUGAAAAAGCUUUUGGCUGCAGGGGCUGACAUCCGUGUCAAAUGUGAAAAUAGCGACACUCCACUCCACAGCGCUCUUACAGGAAGAAAAGAGGAAGCAGCAGAAUUUCUGUGUGAGUUAGACAGCAAAAAUGAGCUUACGAAUGAGUUUGGGGAGACUCCCUUGCACCUUGCUGCAGGGAGCGGAAUGGUUAGAAUAACGCGAUUGUUGCUGGCUGCAGGGGCUGAUUUCCGAGCCCGAUGUAAGUCAGGUUACACGCCUCUUCACUGCGCUCUUUUGAGAAGAAUGAGGAACACGGCAGAAGUCCUUGCCGAUUUGGACACGGGAAAUGACCUUCCAGAUAACGAUGAAGAGGUCAUCCAUUCUCUGAAUUCACGAAAACGUGAAUUAAAAAUACGCAAAUAUCAAAUGUAUUCUUCUAUGCAUCCACAUAAAAAAGAUGAAUACGAAAAAUACUCAUUAUUGAUUGCUUUCAUAAAGCGAGACAUGGUCACUGUAGAAAGUAUAAUUUCUUCAUUUGCCUUGAGAGACUGUGAGAUUAAUUUAAAAGAUUCAAAACUUUGCACACAGCGCAUGCAGUACUGCAAAGAAUUAUAUGCUGACUUUAAAGCCGUGAUCCAACGCAUGAAGAACACAAAACUAGACGGAACUACACUUUCCUAUUUUGAUCUCGCCAGGGCACCUGUGUGCAAAGUAGCUCUCUAUCUCCGUAACAAAAACGUCGGAAAGGCUUUACAUCCAGAAAAGUACCGGUGUUUUAAUCUCUAUCGCUGGCUAAUAUCCUCCAAAAUAGAAGAUGCUCAGGCGAGGAGGUUCCUUAAUGAUGAGUGCCUGAAGUACUUUGACACAAUUUUCAGUAACUUGCCUUCCCUCCCAAGAAUAAGUAUCGAUAUGAUUCUAGGAAAAGCAUAA